GUCCAGCUGAAAAUUUAUUCUUCUCACCCUGGCCGGGUAUUUUCCUUGAACAAAAAAAAAGUCCAUAGAAGGGUUGUUUUCGUUUUUUUUGCGUUUUAUUCGGAAUUCAGCUUUUCCCUUUUCCUUCUGGCAUAAAGAUUUCUGCUCAUCUAGCUUGCAAAAAGGUCGCAGCUCAGUAGCUAUUUAAAAAGAAAAUGAGUGGCGAAACACAGCAGCUGUUUGUUGGGCGCCUGCCGCGCACCAUGCGCUCGGAGGAGCUGCGGGAGCUGUUCGAGAGGUUUGGCGAAAUGUCGCGCUGCGACGUCAAGCGGGGCUCGAACCUGAGCUACGGGUUCAUUGCGUUCAAGGCGGCGGCGGACGGCAAGGCGGCGCUGGAGGAGCUGAACGGCAAGGAGAUCCAGGGCGAGAACAUCGUGGUAGAGUUCGCCAAGGGCCCGGCGCGCAACCGCGACGACGGUGCGUGUUUCCGGUGCGGGCGGCCAGGUCAUUGGGCCAGGGAUUGCCCGGACGCCAGAUCGUCGCGUCGCGGCGAACGCAGCCGUAGCCCGCGCAGAUCAAGAUCGCGUGAUCGGCACCGUCGCGAGCGGCGCAGCGAGCGGCGGCGCAGCCGUUCGCGGUCCGGGACGCGGCGGCACGGGCGUACGCGCGAUGACGAGCGGUCGAAUCGCCAUCGCCGGGCGCGCAGGGAUUCGCGCAGCCCCGGGCGGCGCCGCGGGCAAGCGGGCAGCGGAAAGAAGUACAAGGACCGGGAUGCCAUGCCAGACUGGGAGGACAAGAAGCCGGCCAAGACAGCGGACAGCGGAUAUUCGCCGGAGCGCACCAGCGCGGGCAACUGGGGCGUCUAAGCACCCCCAGUAGCGUAUGGGGAGGGGGAACCCACUCCCCUACCAGACUGGAACUCUAUGGAAAUUUUGGUACUUUUUUACGAUUCAUAGUUUACGGAAUGAAAAUUGGAA